GCUGGCCACUUUUUCCAGGAAAGACUGGCUACAAUCACGUGACACAGUUCCUCAUCCUUCUCUCUCAUGUCUCCUUUAAUUUGUCUCAAACCACGCGCUAUUUUCUGCCUUCUUUAUUGUUUCUUUCUUUGAUUUUCUCUCAUUUUCCACUCGCUCUUCAAACUUGCUGUUCAAAGUUUACACCUCGGUAACAGGGUGGAGACCCUUUGGGAGUGUUUGCUCCCUCAGAUCUGCCUCCUCAGGGCAAGGUAUUUGCAGAAAAGAGGUUAUUUUUAGAUGCAGUUUCUGGGUGCCUAUGUAGUACUUGUCUGUUCUGUCUGGAAUUUAAUUGAGGAAAAAGGAAAUGGGUUUCAUUUCUAGAAGGAUCUUUCCAGCAUGUGGAAGCAUGUGUGUGUGCUGCCCUGCAUUGAGGUCAAGGUCUAGACAACCGGUCAAGCGAUACAAGAAACUGCUUGCAGAGAUCUUCCCCAAAUCCAUUGAUGGCCCCCCAAAUGAACGGAAAAUUGUGAAGUUAUGUGAAUAUGCUGCUAAGAAUCCUUUCCGAAUCCCAAAGAUAGCAAAAUAUCUUGAAGAAAGGUGCUACAAAGAACUGCGAUGCGAGCACAUCAAGUUCAUUGCUAUCGUUACGGAGGCUUAUAAUAAGUUGCUUUGCAUGUGCAAGGACCAAAUGGCAUAUUUUGCUGUCAGUCUGUUGAAUGUGGUCAGUGAACUCUUGGAUAAGCCUAAGAAAGAUGCUAUGAGGAUCCUCGGAUGCCAGACCUUAACUAGGUUCAUUUAUUGCCAGGCAGACAGCACUUAUACACAUAACAUUGAAAAUUUUGUUCGUAAAGUAUGUAUGCUGGCUCGUGAGGCUGGGGACGAACAACAAACAAGUACCUUGAAAGCAUCAAGCCUGCAGUGCCUUUCAGCCAUGGUGUGGUUCAUGGCAGAGUUUUCACUCAUUUUCUCUGAUUUUGAUGAAAUUGUGCAUGUUACUUUAGAUAACUACGAGCGAGAUACACAUAAUGGAGAAGAUGAUGAAAGAGGUGAGCCACAUCAUAACUGGGUGGAUGAAGUAGUUAGAUGUGAAGGGAGAGGUGGUGCCGGUGUUGGCAGUGAAAUUAGCCCUAGCUGCCCGGUGAUCAGGCCACAAACUGAAAAGAAAGAUCCUUCUCUUUUGACAAGAGAAGAGAUUGAGACACCAAAAGUAUGGGCCCAAAUUUGCAUCCAAAGAAUGGUUGAAUUGGCUAAAGAGAGUACAACAAUGCGUCGGGUAUUGGAUCCAAUGUUUGUCUACUUCGACACUGGGAGGCACUGGGUUCCUCGGCAGGGCUUGGCCUUGGUGGUUCUCUCUGAUAUGUCCUACUUUGUGGAGAGUAUGGGGGACCAGAAAAUGAUUUUAGCUGCUGUGAUACGCCAUCUAGACCACAAAAAUGUUGCACACGAUCCCCAAACCAAAUCUUAUGUUAUCCAAGUUGCCACUGCUUUGGUUCAUCAAGUCAGAUCAGGAGCCAUACUGGCAGAAAUUGGCUUUGUCAGUGAUCUGUGCAGGCACUUGAGAAAAAGUCUCCAGGCCACUGUUGAAUCAGCAGGACAGCAAGAAUCGGACUUGAAUAUCUCUCUCCAAAACUCAAUUGAAGAUUGCCUGCUAGAAAUUGCCAGGGGGAUUGGCGAUGCACGACCACUAUUUGAUAUGAUGGCAAUAACUUUGGAAAGUUUGCCAUCUGGUGGGGUAGUUGCCCGGGCAACUAUUGGAUCUCUGUUGACCCUGGCUUAUAUGAUUUCACUAGCAUCAGUCUCUUCAUGCUCACAGCAGGUGUUUCCAGAAUCACUUCUUGUCCAACUUUUGAAAGUAAUGUUGCAUCCAGAUGUUGAGGCACGUCUUGGAGCACACCAAAUAUUUUCUGUUCUUCUCAUACCAAGUUCUAACCAUCCUAGACAAACGGUUGCUUCUUUGCGAUCUGGUUAUCUUUAUGAACAAAGAAGAUGGCAUUCCAAUACUGCAUCUGCAUUUGCUUCAAUUACUGCUCGACUUGAGAAGCUCCGUAAAGAGAAGGAUGGCACUAAAAUAGAACAUGGGAAUAAUGUUCAAGAUGAUCUUAAGGAAAAAGAAAUUGCUGAAGAAGACUGGAAACAUGGGCGGGCCCGCAAGAAUUCCCCUAAUUUUUACAACUUAAGUUCUAUUAUUGACCGGACAGCUGGAUCAACCAGCUUGACUGAGUCCGAACCAUAUAUUCUGAAGGUUAGUGAGGACCAAAUAGCUCAGCUCCUGUCUGCCUUCUGGAUUCAAGCCAAUCUUCCAGAUAAUUUGCCUUCAAAUAUUGAAGCUAUAGCUCAUUCUUUCAGCUUAACGCUUAUUUCUUCACGCUUGAAGAACCCCAAUGACAACCUUGUGGUCCGCUUUUUCCAGCUUCCCCUAUCUCUGAGGAAUAUAUCCUUGGACCCGAACAAUGGGACGCUGUCUCCGGCAUGCCAGAGAUCAAUCCUUGUGCUGUCAACUGGGAUGUUGAUGUUUGUGGCAAAGAUUUAUCAGAUUCCCGACCUUAAUGAUUUGAUGAAGACCUUAGUUCCAUAUGAUGUUGAUCCUUUUGUGGCCAUUAACGAUGACCUUCAAGUAUGUGUAAAGCCUCAAGCAAAUGUGAGAGAUUAUGGAUCUGUCACUGAUAAUCAAGUUGCAAUGUCAUUACUUUUGGAGUUACGAAACAAAAUCUAUGAGUCCGACAAGGUCAUAAUGGACAUCUUAAUUCAGAGUCUAUCUAGCAUUACUGAGUUGGAUGCAGAUGAACUGGCUAAGCAACUGUCUGAAACAUUCACUCCUGAUGAUGCAUUAUUGUUUGGUCCACAAUCAAUAUUCGGCCUAGAACACAUUCAAACGGUUUCACUUCCCAAGGAAUCACUUUCUUUUGAUGGGGAUUUUCCACCAAAUUCAUUAGUUGAGGAAGACCUGAUUAGCGAAUCAUCUGUUGUAGACCUCUCCCGCUUCAUUCCCAAAAUGCCUGCAUCCCCUUCUCUGUCGCACGUGAUUAGCAUUGGGCAGCUGCUCGAAUCGGCGCUUGAGGUAGCUGGUCAAGUGGCUGGAACAUCUGUCUCGACUUCACCCCUCCCAUACAGCGCCAUGGCUAGCCAGUGUGAAGCUCUUGGCAGUGGCACCAGGAGGAAGCUCUCCAGUUGGUUGACCCAUGAAAAUGGUUACACCAUCGGACCUGACAAACCGUUUCCAACAUUCCCUGCAGACGGGUGCUCAGCAAUCACAAACAUCACAAGUGAUGGCAGGUCUGUUCCCGGUAGCAAGUUAUCGUUGGAUCCAUGGCUGGCAAUGAAGCUGCCUCCUGCGAGCCCAUUUGACAAUUUCCUCCGAGCAGCUGGCUGUUAAAGAAAAGGAGGAGAAGCUAUGCCAUCUCUCCCCUGUUGUGUCUAACUCUGUAAAGUGAUGGGUACUGAUUAGAGUUCUUACUUAGCUCAAUGUAUGAUUUUACACUCAGAACUAAGAUGUUUUCAGUAGUCUGUUGUAUCAUUCUAUGCAUUAUUCUCCUCGUACUUUGAUCUAGUCUGAGUGUUUGGUUAUGAAUCUCUCACUCUCUUCUGUUGUG